GAUCAGUUUGAUAACUUAGACAAGCAUACACAGUGGGGUAUUGACUUCCUGGAGAAAUACGCAAAAUUUGUAAAAGAAAGAAUAGAAAUUGAGCAGAACUAUGCAAAACAACUGAGAAAUCUGGUUAAGAAGUAUUGUCCUAAACGUUCACCCAAAGAUGAGGAACCCAGGUUUACUUCGUGUGUUGCCUUUUUUAACAUCCUUAAUGAGUUGAAUGACUAUGCAGGACAACGAGAAGUAGUUGCAGAAGAAAUGGGACACAGAGUGUACGGAGAAUUGAUGAGAUAUUCUCAUGAUCUAAAAACUGAGAGAAAAAUGCAUCUUCAGGAAGGGCGAAAGGCUCAACAGUAUCUGGACAUGUGCUGGAAACAGAUGGAUAAUAGCAAAAAGAAAUUUGAGAGAGAAUGCAGAGAGGCAGAGAAGGCACAGCAAAGCUAUGAAAGACUGGACAAUGACACUAACGCGACAAAGGCUGAUGUUGAGAAGGCUAAGCAACAGUUAAACCUGCGCACGCAUAUGGCUGAUGAAAAUAAAAAUGAAUAUGCUGCACAACUACAGAAUUUUAAUGGGGAGCAGCACAAACACUACUACGUUAUCAUUCCUCAGAUUUAUAAGCAACUUCAAGAAAUGGAUGAAAGAAGGACGAUCAAACUUAGUGAAUGUUACAAAGGCUUUGCUGACUCUGAGCGCAAGGUUAUUCCGAUUAUCUCGAAGUGUUUAGAAGGGAUGAUCCUUGCCGCAAAAUCAGUUGAUGAACACAGAGACUCUCAACUAGUGAUAGACUGCUUCAAAUCUGGCUUUGAACCUCCUGGAGAUUUUCCAUUUGAAGAUUACAGUCAGAAUAUUUACCGAACUAUCUCUGAUGGAACCAUCAGUACACCAAAGCAGGAAGGAGUGAGAAUUGAUUCAAAAACUACAGUGGGCAAGGCUAAAGGAAAGCUGUGGCUAUUUGGAAAGAAGCCAAAGGGCCCUGCACUGGAAGACUUCAGCCAUCUCCCUCCAGAACAAAGACGCAAGAAACUGCAACAGAGAAUCGAUGAACUUAACAGAGAACUACAGAAGGAAACAGACCAAAAAGAUGCCCUCAUCAAGAUGAAGGAUGUUUAUGAAAAAAAUCCCCAGAUGGGUGAUCCAGGCAGUUUGCAACCGAAAUUAACUGAGACUAUGAACAACAUGGACCGUCUUCGGAUGGAAAUACACAAGAAUGAGGCCUGGCUCUCUGAGGUUGAAGGUAAAGUAGCAGCCCGAAGUGACAGGCGGCACAGCAGUGAUAUCAACCACCUUGUGACACAGGGCAGAGAGAGCCCUGAAGGGAGUUACACGGAUGAUGCAAAUCAGGAAGUUCGAAGCCCACCACAGCAACAUGCACAUCCAAAUGAGUUUGAUGAUGAGUUUGAAGAUGAUGAUCCGUUACCAGCUAUAGGACAUUGCAAGGCAAUAUAUCCGUUUGAUGGUCAUAAUGAAGGCACUCUAGCAAUGAAAGAAGGAGAAAUUUUGUACAUUAUUGAGGAGGACAAAGGAGAUGGGUGGACAAGAGCUCGAAGACAUAACGGAGAGGAAGGCUAUGUGCCAACAUCAUAUAUAGAUGUAACGCUAGAGAAAAACAGCAAAGGUUCCUGAAGCGGGUUUCUGAGAAAAUGGGCGAGAUCUUGAAGGAGGUUACAUGCAGCUGCUGGGGGGGUGGGUGGGGGUGGGGUGCUAGACUGGGAGGCCCAAGGGGAAAGCUAGUUGCAUGAGUGCAUGCAGACAUACAUUUAGUCACUAACAUUUUAGCAUCUCCAUACAUAGGUAAGGACGUAUUACAAAUUCUUCAAUUUGUGCAGGAAACUAGAGUUCCAUUACUGGAGUAACAAGGCUACUGCUCC